CAACUCCGAACUUCCGCCCUCCCACUUCCGGUGUGGAUUGAGGACCUCAGUUUUGUCCGUGGCUGGUCGUGGUCGCGCUCAAGCUCUACCCGGUUGUGACCUUUUUUUGCCAGAGUCCGCUUGGCUGACGAGUGAAUAUGCCUAAUAUCAAAAAGUCAACAGGAAAAAGAGGCCCAAGAAAACGGAAACUUGCAGAAGAAUUUCCUCCUGGAGAAGUUUUUACUGACCUUUUAAAGCAAAAAUGGAAGCUUGGUCCAGUUAUAGGCAAAGGUGGUUUUGGCUGUCUGUAUCUUGCUGAUAUUAAUUCAUCUGAAUCAGUUACCAGUGAUGCACCCUAUGUUAUAAAAGUGGAGCCCAGUGACAAUGGACCACUCUUUACUGAGUUAAGUUUCUACAUGCGAGCUGCUAAACCAGAACUAAUUAAGAAAUGGAUUUCUUCUCACAAACUGAAAUAUUUAGGCGUACCAAACUAUUGGGGUUCUGGCUUGCAUCAAAAGAAUGGCAAAAGUUAUAGAUUUAUGGUGAUGGACAGAUUUGGGAAAGAUCUUCAGAAGGUAUUUGAAGAACAAGGAAAGCAGUUUUCACGCAAAACGGUGUUACAGUUGGGAUUGAGAAUACUUGAUGUUUUGGAAUACGUUCAUGAACAUGAAUAUGUGCAUGGAGACAUCAAGGCCUCAAAUCUUCUCCUGGGCUACAAGGUUCCAAAUCAGGUAUACUUGGUAGAUUAUGGUCUUGCUUUUCGAUACUCUCCGGAAGGCAAUCACAAGGAUUACAAAGAAAACCCUAAACGGUGUCAUGAUGGAACUCUUGAAUUUACUAGUAUUGAUGCACACAAGGGAGUGGCUCCAUCCAGGCGUGGUGACUUGGAAAUUUUGGGUUAUUGUAUGAUCUGCUGGCUUAGUGGUAAACUGCCUUGGGAAGAUAAUCUGAAAAAUCCAGAUUAUGUCAAAGAGUCAAAAAUUAGGUAUACAGAUAACAUUUCAGAAUUGAUGUAUGAAUGUUUCACUAAAGAAGAUAAACCAGAUGAAGUAGCCAAAUAUAUGGAAAAAGUGAUGGCUUUGUCCUACACUGACAAUCCACCAUAUCAGGAGUUACGAGAAAUAUUUCUUCAAGGUCUGCAAGCCAUUGGUCACAAAGAUGAUGGCAUACUGGAUUUUGAAGUUUCAGUGAAUGGUGAUGUUCCAGCAGAGGUUGAGCUUAAGACAAAAAGAAAAUUAGUUGCUGCAUCAGGGUCAGCCACUGCUGAUGAGGACAAUGCCGAAAUAGCUGUUGAUGGUGUGAAAAGUACCAAAAAAAGAAAACAUGCAUCACCCAAGAUGGGAGCCACCGAACCCAAAUUACAGAAGAUCUCACCCCAAACCAAGACAAACUUGAAACCAAGGAAGAAAGUUCAGAAGUAAAAAAAACAAAAACAGAAUAAUAUGAGCUUCCUACUUGCACUGAGUAGUGGGUGGUUGUUUUUUUUUCCUUUUAAUUUUACUUUAUUGCAGUAGCAAUUGGCUUUUUUCCCUUUUGUACAUGUGUUUAAGUAGUCGACUCUUGCAGUGUAGUGCUGGCUUGGAAGAGUAAAGAUUUUAAAUCUUAUACAUAGAAUGUACAGUUUAGUAUGAUUAACAAAAGUUUCAAAGUGCCUAAAUGGCAUUUUUUUUUGCACAUUCUUGCAUUCAGUCAUUUUCUAUAAACUUGAAUAAAAAUGAAAUAAUGUCUGUGUAAAAUAAAUCUCAAAUAUUUAAUUAC